UCGUCAAUUAUCAACUAUGUGUGGGACCAUCUUUAUCACUCUAUGUGGAUGCCUGACAUUUGCGUUCUUGGUACAAGUACAACAAACACAGACAUCAUAAUUGUUUCUUUGCUUUUUGUUAUGGCAUUGAUUUUUCAACUAGUUAUAUACGGCGGUGCGUACAAAACGGUUAAUAAUAUUGAAAAAUCUGAUUUGGCUAUCCUUUAAAAAUAAAUAACACAAGCGAAGUCGCAUAUGAAAUAUUGAAAUGAAAUUUCGGCUCCAAAAGGGGUGGGGGAGGAGGCGGGCCCAUUUAGUCAGAAAGAUGGGCCCACAGGCAGGCCCAUCCUCAUCAUCGCUCAAUAUUUAGUAAAUUAGUGGUGUGGGGUCUUCAUCAAAAGUACCAAAAAAACCCUAACCCACCACCAGUCAACAUGCCUUCUUCUUCUUCGGAUAUGCUUCCUCACCUCGUCUCUUCUCCCCACCUCGCCCACGCCGACGACGCCCCCAAACCUAUCACCGCACUCUCUAUAACCAAGGCCCGCCGCCACUCCUCCAGUAAAGAUCGCCACACCAAGGUUAACGGCCGCGGCCGCCGCGUGCGGAUGCCGGCGCUCUGCGCCGCCCGCGUAUUCCAGCUCACUCGAGAACUCGGCCACCGCACCGACGGAGAGACCAUAGAGUGGCUCCUCCGCCACGCCGAGCCUUCCAUAAUCGCCGCUACGGGCACCGGCACCGUCCCCGCCGAGGCCGUCUCCACCUCCUCCGGCUCCCUCCUGCCGUCCCGCGACGCCGCCACGACGGCGCUUGGCGUGCCCCCUCCCCCGCCGAGCUGCAGGCUGGACCUGUGCCAGCCGCUAGCGCUACCGCCACCUCCGCCGAAUGGAGUUGAAUUCAUACCGAAUGGGUACGGGCACAUGCCGUUCACGGCGCUACUGCUGCAGCCGGCGACGGUGGAAGAGGAAAAGCAGAGUGAGUUAGGCGGAGAUCAUGAAUAGUUAGCGUUGUAUAAUUAGUUAAGAGUGUUUUAGUAUAGAAAUAAUCUGUCCAGGGAAGCCUUUUGAGAACGCAAGUGAAAAAUCGAGUAUUUUGGUACAAAAA